AUCUGUGAAAUGCAGAAUGACCAAUCUGGACUGAACUAAUCUUGGUGGCUUGGUACAACUGCACAACCGUAGUAGCUAACAAGCGUCUCAAAGAACAUAUUUUAAACGCUUGUUCACCCAGCUUCGAGGGACCUACAGCUUCUUUCACUUGGCAAACUCCAAACCCAUCAUGGCUCCAUUGACAUUCACAGAAGCCGAGAUUGAACUCAUGGUCGCUAUCAUUAAUCAAGUUGGGGCCGGCGGAAUCAACGGGAAAAAGCUUCAACAAGAUCUGGGCUUGUCCAGCCUCAGCACAACUACCGUACGUUUGAGUCGUUUCAGAGCUAAGCUCGCAAAAGCUUCGGCUGGAGAAGGAACACCAAGUCCCAACAAAGACAAACUGGCAUCGCCUAAGAAGAAACGCAAACUCGAGAAAGACGACAUUGAAGACAGAGAAAUCGACGAUGAAGAGCAUGUUGAAACUCCUUCUCGCAAGCUUCCGGGACGCAGAGCCAGGGUGACAUUGUUCAAGGAUGAAUCCAAAGACGACUUUGAGAUUCCAGGACAAUCUGAGGGGGAGGAAUGAUAUGAGUGAGAUCUCGGUCGGGGAUGGAUGCCGGUGGCAACGUGCAGGUGGAAAUGUGAUGAGUCUUGAGUUUGCUUUUGAUGUUGGGGCUGCGGGGAGGAUUGUUUUGCAGGGGCAAGUACUUCGGAAUGAAAUUGAUUGGGGAUCAGAAACCAACAUGGCUUUGUGGCAGUCUGAGAACAUCGCGUGAACUUGUGAUUUCGUGAACGUCUUCCACCAGCUUACAAAGAAUACAACGAUUAUCUAAAUAGGAAAUAGAGACAUCAAGAAUAUUCGAACUGCAAA